AGUAAAAAGCACGAUCAAGAAAAGAAAACAAAGCAAAUGCGUCAGCAACGUUGAACGGGUUAAAAAUCCGCGAGUUGUAGAAACAAAAGAGGUUCAUUGAACCUGGACACACCCGAUUACGCUCUAUUUAUACCCAUGCCGCCACACCACACCACACAACCCAAUCUUUUGAAAAAACUAGCUUCCAUUUUACAUUUGUUACUUCCAAAUAUAUAAUUUCUUAUAUUUAGAAAUUUUUUCAUUUUAAUUUAAUUUGAGAACCGUUUCAUGGCGCCGACGAUGAUGGCCGUGAUCGGCAUCGGCGGGAAGCAAGGGAACAAAAAGCCGGUGCCUGAGAGCGAGCUGAAGAAGAGGAACGAGGAGCUCGAGAAGGAGCUUAGAGAGAGCAGGGAGAGAGAGGAGCAGAUGAAGCGGGAACUGCAAAACGCGUGGCAAAGGCUGCGCGUGGCGGAGGAAGCCGAGGAGAGGCUCUGCUCGCAGCUCGGAGAGCUAGAAGCGGAAUCCGUUCACCAGGCGCGUGACUACCACGCCCGAAUCGUUUCCCUUAUGGACCAGCUCUCUCGCGCGCAGAACCUCCUCCUCAAAGCUGGCACUCCCUCCAUUUCACUUCGUUCCUCCUCUUCAUGAUAUAUAUGGUUUUUCCGAAGAAAAUCAUUGUAAUAAAUUUUGGCAUUUACAUCUCAGAAUCGUUGUUUAUUGUUUAGAUGUAUCAUAUGAUGAUGAUGGUGAUCCAUAUUGGCGUGGAUCGAAUCUCUGUUACUCUGUAAAAAUUUUGGUGAAUGGUUGAGAAUAGUUUGAUUGCUUUUAGAGUUUCGAGACGUUAAUGCUGGUAGUGAUUCCGUUCUGCAAGUGUGUAGUUGUAAUCACUAAAAAAUUUGUAAACGCAGAUCCAGAGUAGGAGCUUCGAUUUAUAAAUAUUCAAAUGUGAAUCUAUACACGUCAUAGAAUUUUC